AGAUUGCACUCACAAUAUACAGGGAAACAAUAUUUAGAUAAGAGGAUAGAGGAAAUAUGUAUUAGUCUAGUCAUUUCUAUGAAACAGACCAUCAAGAAAGCAGGACAAAAUGAAGAUUUAGUAAAGAGAGAAGCCGAAAAUCUGACUGAAAAGAAUGGAUGGGAUAACAGAUGAUCACGAACAAGGCAUUAACCUUUCUGAGCUUCCUAAACUGAGACUUGUCCUAGUCGGAGUUACAGAAUCUGGGAAGAGUGCUGUUGGCAAUGCUAUUUUAGGGAAGAAAGCCUUUGAUGAGGUUGGGGUGAAGACGCGAGUGUGUUUCGCACGUCAGGGUCUGGUGAGAGGAUGCCAGGUGCAAGUGGUGGACACUCCAGGUUGGGAAUGGUUCAAAGCCAAUGGCUCCUCUACAUCACUAUGGUUCGUAAAGAAGGAGAUCAUGAUGAGUAUGAGUCUGUGCCAGCCUGGUGCCCAUGCCCUGCUGCUGGUGGUGCCACUGUCGUUCUCCUUCUCCCAGCGUGAGCGGCAUGCCGUGGAGGAACAUAUAGAGCUGUUUGGUCCAGAAGCUUGGAGACAGAGCUUGGUGCUCUUCACCAUCUUAGAUAGAAAGCAAUUACGUGGUUCCAGCCUAAAGCAAGAAGUGGAGUUGAAUGUGGAGCUGUAUAAGCUGGUUGAGAAAUGUGGAGGCCGUUUCCAUGCUUUGUACAGCAAUCCUAAAGCAGGAGAGGACCAGGUGGCUGACCUUCUGGCAAAGAUCAAGAAAAUGAUGGAGACCAAUGGAGAGACAAUGAUCUCAAGUGAAAAUGUGUUGGAAAAGGUUAAAGAAAUGGAGAAAGAAGAGGAGAGACGACUGGAGGAAGAGCGAAGGUUAAGGGAAGAGAACGUACAGAAAGUACGAGAAGCACUGAAGGCAAAGGAGUUAAGACGAUCAAGGAGGAGAAUGGAACAACAGACACUGGAUGGUGUGGAGCAGAAAGACUCGGCUAGGAACAACCAGAGCAACAGACUUCCUCUCGAUGACGGCGGAAGUAACUCUCGUCUGAGCUGCAAACAACAGUGAAAGCUGGAAAAGGAAAAGAUGGAAAAAGUACUCUUGCAACUUUCACAACUCACCGACAGAGGCCGUCAUUACUUCAAAUAUGUAACUGAUUCAGUUACCAAAGCUUAACCACGUUAUAUUACAUUGUGAGCGACACGAGUUUACUGUUUAGGUACUUAUCAGAUGAUUAACGAUCUGUACUAGCACAACUUGUUAUAAUAUUGUGAAUAGUUGUAAUAUUUUGUUUGUUCUGUCUUUGAGAAUCUUAUGACAUUAUGACUUCCCCAAAGUUCUGCCCUUUAGCCUACUUGAAGUUUCAGAAAUUUCUACAUUUUGAACUCAAGUAAACCAGGGUUUCUGUGAUAUUUCAGAGGUAAAACUGUUUCAUAUUCAUUAUUGUUAAUAAAAUUGACUUCUAGCUUCCAAUUAAA